AUGAAGAAAAAGAUUCUGACUUACGCAACACUCUAUGCGCUGUAUCUAGUCAUUUUGAAUUCCUUUUCUUGUGUUGCAGGUUCAGCUUUUUGCUGUUCUCUGAUCCUAGGAUCCUGCUGAAAUAGAAACAUACCUCUUAAUGCUCCUGCUUGGCAUCUCCUUGUUGCUUUGCUAUGUGUCAAGUGUAAACAUUUCAAUUCUACCAGGAAUUGUGUAAAGCAGCCAGGACACUGUAUAACCAGAAGAGACCAAAAGUGUCUGUUAUGGACAGUUACUUCAGGUGGAGUUCUCAGUUAUGGGGCCCAGACAUGCUGGACUCACUGUGUGAACACAUACAUUAUUAGAGAAAAAUUGAAAGUGGAAUAUAAAUGUUGUAAUUCCAUGUCUUUGUGUAACCAAAUUUAA